CCGAGUGCAUGGAGCGGGAUGCAGCAGAGGCCCGAGGCCCCCGGGGCCCGGGAGCCGGAGCGCCCGAGGGCUCUGACAAAAUGGAGGCUGAAGGUGGAAAGUCUGAGGUUCUUGUGGCUGUUGUGACAGAGCCUCAGUUUACACAGCGUUGCAGGGAAUAUCUUGAGAAGCACCAACUCCUAGAUAGGCGUCACCGUGUAAAGCAGCUGCCUGAUGGUUCCAUGGCACUACCUGUCCUGGGAGAGACCCUCAGCGAGCAGCACCUACAAGCUCUGAGGCAGCGAGAGGCCCCUGAGAGCACCUGCAGGCUGGCACAGAUCCUGAAUCCUGUUCCUUCCAAGAAAGCUCAGAGCUGUUCUCCUGCUCAGAAGCUACAUGGGGAGCUGCGGCGUCUGGUGGAAGGCCAGGGGCACACGUGGUCAGUUGAGCUAGAGAAAGAUCUUCCCCAUUCCUGGCAACGUCACGGUGACCUCGUCCUGCUCAAUGAGGAUAGCUUCAAAGCUGCCCAUUGGAAAACGCUGGAACCAGGUCUCUGGAAGACUGUUGCUUCUGCUCUGGGAGGCCAGCGUCUGGCUAAGCGAGGGCGUGUGUCACCGGGGGGGACACGAGCUCCCAAAGUGAUCCUGCUGCUGGGUGCCCACGGCUGGGUGGAGCAUGUGGACAAUGGCAUCAGGUACACGUUUGAUGUGACCCAAAGCAUGUUCUCCUUUGGAAACAUCACUGAGAAGCUGCGGGUAGCAUCAAUGGCCUGUGCUGGACAAGUGCUGGUGGAUCUCUAUGCAGGGAUUGGUUACUUCACCUUGCCAUUCCUGAUUCAUGCAAAGGCUGCCUUCGUGCAUGCCUGUGAGUGGGAUCCUCAUGCUGCAGCAGCCUUGAGGAAAAACCUGGAGCUCAACGGUGUUGGGGAUCGGUGCCGUAUCCACCUGGGCGAUAACAGGAAGCUGAAGUUAUGGAGCAUUGCUGACAGGGUGAACUUGGGGCUCAUCCCCAGCUCCGAGGAGGGCUGGCCCAUUGCUUGUCAGGUGCUGCGCCAGGACACAGGGGGCAUCCUGCAUAUCCACCACAAUGUGGAAUCCUUCCCCGGGAAGGAGCUCCAGCUCCCCAGCAGCAGUGAGGCAGGGCCAAAGGAGCAGAGAGCUGCCAGGAAUUCGGGAAGGCAGACAGCAGCAAAGAUCGCUAAGCUGGAGUGGCGGAGGUGGGCCGAGGCCGUGGCUGUUCGCAUUGGAGCCUUGCUUCUGCAGCUGCACGGGAAGCCGUGGGAGACGCGAAUCCUGCACAUUCAGCAAGUGAAGUCCUACGCUCCCCAUGUGGAUCAUGUGGUUUUGGAUCUGGACUGUCGCCCCCUUUCCUGCUCUGCUGGUGAGGGUGCUGGGAAAGCUGAGAGGAGCUGUGGUCAGGGGUCCAAGGUCUGAGGCCUGAGGGCCAGGUGGCUGGGAGUGCUGAAGUUAGCAACUUGCUUCCACUUCUUGCCCCGUUAGCCCCUAGAAAGGAAUCUUACGUUUUUAUAGGGAAUUGUUAGAGUGACUGAUUAUUAGUAUAUCUCUUCCAAGGGCUUGGUGUAAGGCUGGGACUGAGUGCUUUUGUCACCAAAGUCUUGUCUUCCUUCCUUUCUCUUCCACCAAUUGUGACGAAUUGUCGUCUUUAUAAACCUAGCAAAGGCAGAAUAGCUUGUUGAACUGAGCGGUAUCUGCAGAGCCCCCAGUUCCGCAGUUUGGCCUCAGCUCCAUCUGUGUGGCCGUAGAUGAGCUGCUCCUCUAUCACAUUGUUGGCUUUGAGUCUCCUCAUCUCAAAGAUGGGGUUAUCUCUGAACUACCUCAUGUAGCUGUUGUCUAAGGAGUGUGGUUUGUCGAUGGAGUUUCUCCGAAACAUUCCACCGGUUUUAGAAUUGGAGGUGCAGCACUGCCUGCCUCUUGAAGAGCUUUGGAUCAGU